GCUAGUGGCAGGCUGGCGGUGUAGAGAACGUCAAGCGAGCUGCGAAACUUCGCAAACUUCAACAAGGGACUUAAAACAACUCGAGCAACUCGCCAGAAUAGACCUCUUCAAUCAUGAUUUGAAUGCCAUAUUGCGAUCAUCAGUGCGACACAUUUAAUUAUCUGAGGAAUCUGAUACUGAAUAGUAAUAAUAUACGUUUAUAUUCAUAUAAAGUAUAUUAUUAAGGAGUGAAAGAUUCUAAAAUGCGGCUUACAGCAUUGCUUUGUGGCACUUUGAUGCUAGCCUUGGUUCGCUGGACUAAAGGUGCAGUGGGGAGCACUGAAUGCUCUUGUGGCCGAAAUCACUUUACCUGCGCAGUAAGUGCCUUCGGAGAGUGCACUUGCAUUCCAGCUCAGUGGCAGUGCGAUGGCGAUAAUGACUGCGGGGACCACAGUGAUGAGGAUGGCUGCAUGCUCCCUACAUGCUCUCCAUUGGAUUUCCACUGUGACAAUGGCAAAUGUAUUCGGCGAUCAUGGGUAUGUGAUGGUGACAAUGACUGUGAGGAUGACUCGGAUGAGCAGGACUGUCCACCACGAGAAUGUGAAGAAGAUGAGUUCCACUGCCAGAAUGGGUAUUGCAUCAGAAGUUUGUGGCACUGCGAUGGAGACAAUGAUUGUGGGGACAACAGUGAUGAACAGUGUGAUAUGAGAAAAUGCUCAGAUAAGGAAUUUCGGUGUACAGACGGCAGCUGCAUUGCAGAGCAUUGGUAUUGUGAUGGAGAUACUGACUGUAAAGAUGGAUCAGAUGAAGACAGCUGUCCCUCUGACGUGCCAAUGACCACAUGCAGUGUAGAGGAGUUCCAGUGUGCCUAUGGUCGAUGCAUCUUGGAUAUUUACCACUGCGAUGGGGAUGAUGACUGUGGAGACUGGUCUGAUGAAUCAGAUUGCUCAUCUCACCAGCCUUGCAGAUCUGGGGAAUUUAUGUGUAGCAGUGGCCUGUGUAUCAAUGCUGGCUGGCGAUGUGAUGGGGACUUUGACUGUGAUGACCAAUCAGAUGAAAAAAACUGCACCACCUCCAUGUGCACCGCUGACCAGUUUCGCUGCAAGUCUGGACGCUGUGUGCGCUUGUCAUGGAGAUGUGAUGGAGAGGAUGACUGUUCUGAUAACAGUGACGAAGAAGGCUGUGAGAAGACAGAUUCUCCACAGUGUGCUCCUGAUCAAUUUCUUUGUGCAAAUGGUCGCUGUAUUGGUCAAAGAAAGGUCUGCAAUGAAAUCAGUGACUGUGGUGACGGGAGUGAUGAAAGUCCAUACCAGAACUGUCGUCCUAGAUCCAGCGAGGAAAACUGUAAUAUAAAUAAUGGAGGCUGUGCACAGAAAUGUCAGAUGGCACGAGGACUUGUGCAGUGUACCUGCCAUACAGGAUACCGUCUGAUGGAAGAUGGCAAAUCAUGUCAAGAUGUGGAUGAGUGUGCCGAGGAAGGUUACUGCAGCCAGGGCUGCACUAACACAGAAGGAGGAUUCCAGUGCUGGUGUGUGCAGGGCUAUGAAUUGAGACCAGACAAACGGAGCUGCAAAGCACUAGGACCUGAACCAGUCCUGCUUUUUGCCAACCGCAUUGACAUCAGACAAGUUCUUCCUCAUCGGUCUGAGUAUACUCUUUUGCUCAACAACCUGGAGAAUGCCAUCGCUCUUGACUUUCAUCAUAGCAAAGAACUCGUCUUCUGGUCAGACGUCACCCUAGACAGAAUAAUGAAAGCUAAUUUGAAUGGGAGCAAUGUAGAGGAGGUUGUUUCCACAGGCCUGGAGAGCCCAGGUGGUUUGGCUAUAGACUGGAUCCAUGACAAGUUGUACUGGACUGAUUCUGGCACAUCACGAAUUGAAGUAUCCAAUUUAGAUGGCACCCACAGAAAGGUCCUUCUUUGGCAAAAUAUGGAGAAGCCACGAGCAAUAGCACUUCAUCCUUUGGAAGGGAAGAUCUACUGGACUGACUGGGGCAACACUCCUCGGAUUGAAUAUGCAAACAUGGAUGGAUCCAAUCGAAGGAUUAUAGCUGACACUCAUUUAUUUUGGCCCAAUGGGCUUACCAUAGAUUAUGCUGGGCGCAGGAUUUACUGGGUGGAUGCUAAACACCAUGUGAUUGAACGAGCCGACUUAGAUGGAAAAAACAGGAAAGCUGUCAUCAGCCAAGGGUUACCUCACCCAUUUGCUAUCACAGUGUUUGAAGACAGCUUGUAUUGGACAGACUGGCACACAAAAAGCAUCAACAGUGCCAACAAAUUCACAGGCAAGAACCAGGAGAUAAUCCGCAACAAGCUACAUUUCCCAAUGGACAUCCAUACUCUGCACCCACAACGGCAGCCAGCAGUAGGUCGCAACCGCUGUGGCAGCAAUAAUGGUGGCUGCAGCCACCUUUGCUUACCCAGCAACAAGACAUUCACAUGCGCCUGUCCCACUGGCUUCAAGAGGCUUGACAGCUUCAGAUGUGCCCAGAGUCUUGACAAGUUCCUGCUUUUUGCCCGAAGGACGGACAUCCGUCGGAUCAGCUUUGACACUGAGGACAAGUCAGAUGAUGUCAUUCCACUGUCUGAAGUGCGCAGUGCGGUGGCCCUGGACUGGGAUUCUAAGGACGAAUAUAUCUACUGGACAGAUGUCACCACUGACUCUAUUAAUAGAGCUAAAUGGGAUGGUUCAAGACAGCAGACUAUUGUGGACACCAACCUUGAGAGCCCAGCUGGACUUGCUAUAGACUGGGUGACCAGUAAACUUUACUGGACCGACGCAGGUACUGACAGGAUUGAAGUUUCCAAUGGUGAUGGCAGCAUGAGGACGGUUCUCAUUUGGGAAAACCUGGACAGGCCCAGGGAUAUCGUAGUGGAUCCCAUCGGAGGUUACAUGUACUGGACAGACUGGGGAGUUAGCCCAAAAAUUGAACGAGCAGGAAUGGACGCAUCAAACCGGAUUGUGAUCAUCUCUUAUAAUCUAACUUGGCCAAAUGGACUGGCUAUCGACUAUGAGACUAAGAGACUUUAUUGGGCUGAUGCUGGCAUGAAAACAAUUGAGUAUGCCAACUUAGAUGGUACUGAUAGACAGGUUUUGAUUGGAAGUCAGCUACCUCAUCCUUUCGGAUUGACCUUACAUGAGGAUAAAAUCUACUGGACAGACUGGCAGUCAAAGAGCAUCCAGAGUGCAAGCAAAUUAACAGGUCUGGGAAGAGUGACAUUGAGAGAGAACUUGGAAAACCUCAUGGACAUCCAUAUGUUUCACCGACAAAGACCACCAGUUAAUUCGCCUUGCAAUGUGAAUAAUGGAGGCUGUAGUCACUUAUGCCUGCUGGCUCCACUGCCCAAGGGUUCAAGCUGUGCCUGUCCAACAGGAAUCAAUCUCCAGUCUGAUGGCAAAACCUGUGCAUCAGGCAUGAGCAGUUUCCUGAUUUUUGCCAGAAGAACUGAUAUUCGUAUGGUUUCCUUGGACAUCCCAUAUUUUGCUGAUGUAGUUCUUUCAGUCAAUGGUUCAAUGAAGAAUACAAUUGCCAUUGGUGUGGAUCCAAAGGAAGGGAAAGUUUACUGGUCAGACAGCACUUUAAAAAAAGUCAGCAGAGCUAACUUGAAUGGCACAGAAUAUGAAGACAUCAUCACAAAUGGUUUACUGACAACAGACGGCCUUGCAGUGGAUGCUGUUGGCCGUAAAAUUUAUUGGACAGACACAGGGACCAAUCGGAUUGAAGUUGCUAAUUUGGAUGGCUCAAUGCGAAAAGUUCUUAUUUGGCAAAAUCUGGACAGUCCAAGAGCUAUUGCCCUGUACCAUGAAAUGGGGUACAUGUACUGGACAGACUGGGGGGAACAUGCAAAACUUGAACGUUCAGGAAUGGAUGGUUCUGAGCGAAUAGUCCUCAUCAGUCAGAACUUGGGCUGGCCCAAUGGACUUGCCAUCGACAAGGCAGGAUCUCAGCUGCUUUGGGCUGAUGCUCACACUGAGCGCAUCGAAGCCGCAGACCUGAAUGGUGCCAACCGUAGAACUUUGGUCUCUCCAGUGCAGCACCCAUAUGGACUGACACUGCUUGGGCCACAUAUUUACUGGACAGACUGGCAGACACGCAGUAUACAGCGGGCAGACAAGAACACAGGCAGUGGCACCAUUACUAUUCGAGGUAACCUGCCCAGCCUUAUGGAUAUACAAGCUGUGGACAGAGACAGACCCUUAGGUUUUAAUAAAUGCGGUGUGAAAAAUGGGGGAUGUAGUCACUUGUGCCUACCCAACCCCAAUGGGAUAUCAUGUGCCUGCCCUACGGGAAUCCAGCUGAAGAGUGACGGGAAGACCUGUGACGAUUCUCCAGAGACAUAUCUUCUUUUCUCCAGUCGAGGCAGCAUUCGCAGGAUAUCUCUGGACACAAAUGACUAUACUGAUGUUUAUGUCCCAGUGCCCGAGCUUAACAAUGUUAUAUCUCUGGAUUAUGACAGUGUCGAUGGGAAGGUCUAUUACACAGAUGUACAUCUUGAUGUCAUCAGGCGUGCCAAUUUGAAUGGGAGCAACAUGGAGACGGUGAUUGGCCAAGGCCUUAAAACAACAGAUGGACUGGCAGUAGACUGGGUGGCAAGAAACUUAUACUGGACAGACACUGGCAGAAACACCAUUGAAGUGGCACGACUCGAUGGCUCAUGCCGUAAAGUCCUCAUUAACAACAGCCUGGAUGAACCUAGAGCUAUUGCUGUCUUUCCAAGAAAGGGGUUUCUCUUCUGGACAGACUGGGGACAUAUUGCUAAAAUAGAGAGAGCUCAUCUAGAUGGUUCAGACCGCAAAGUUCUGAUCAACACUGAUCUUGGGUGGCCAAAUGGACUGACUCUGGAUUAUGACACCAGAAGGAUCUACUGGGUGGAUGCACAUCUAGAUCGCAUUGAGAGCUCAGACCUGAGUGGGAAACUACGUCAAAUCCUGGUCAGUCCAGUGUCUCACCCGUUUGCCCUGACACAGCAAGACCGGUGGAUUUAUUGGACAGACUGGCAAACGAAAUCCAUUCAAAGGGUGGACAAAUAUACUGGGAGGAGCAAAGAGACCAUCCUUGCCAACGUUGAAGGCCUAAUGGAUAUCAUUGUGGUUUCACCUCAAAGGCAGACUGGCACCAAUCCCUGUGGAUUUAACAAUGGCGGCUGUACUCACCUGUGCUUUGCAAGAGCUACAGAUUUUGUUUGUGCUUGUCCAGAUGAAAGUGACGGAAAACCAUGCUCCAAGUUUCCAGGUUUUGUUCCCCCAGCUGCAGACACCACCACCAUCACCAGCACAACACAACAAGAUAAAUCUCACAGGCUUCCAGGCAUUCCUACAGAGAAGCCCAAGGCACCAGUGCACUCCCCAGAAGGAAACUGCACUAUGAGAGAUUUGAGCCUUGGACUCUGCAAUGAUGAGCGCAGUGAAGUUGUAGUUGCAUCAAACGGAGGCCUUCACAUCAGUUACAUCAUUAGAGGUGUCCUCACUGUGCUUGCAAUCCUCAUUCUCAUUGCAGCUUUCAUCAUAUACAGACGUAAAAAGUUCAAGUUUGCUGACCCUGGAGUGAGUAAUCUUACAUACAGCAAUCCUUCUUACCGCACCUCAACGCAAGAAGUGAAAAUAGAAACGGUGCAGAAGUCACCAAUAUACAAUCAGCUACGAUAUAAGAAGGAGACUGGCGGUGACAAUAGCUACACAAAGGAAAAAAUCAAGAUUGUAGAAGGGAUUUGUCUUCUGAACAAUGAUGAUCUGUAUUGGGAGGACCUGAAACAGAUCAAACCAUCCCGGGGAGGGAUUUUACGGGACCAUGUCUGCAUGAAGACGGACACUGUGUCACUGCAGGCUAGCAGCUGCUCGCUGGACGACACGGAGACAGAACAGUUGCUACAGGAGGAGCAGCAGUCGGAGUGCAGCAGCGUCCACACCGCCACGGCCAACGGCACCCCUGAGCAUCACAGUGCAUUGCCCGACACCGGCUGGGAUCUGCAGCGCAAACUUUCUACGGAAAGCGAGGUGUGACUUCUGUGUCCCAAGCCGUCAGGAGCCUCCUUUUCCUUUUCAUUCUGGUUGUACAUCAUCAUGACAAACCACCCUAGCCGAGUUAUUUAAUUCAGUGACUACUGUCUCAGAAAAGGUACAAAAACCUGAGAGUUCUGGCUGAGAGUGGGUGUGGAGAACAAGAAAAAAGAAAGAAAGAAAGACUAAAUAAAGACACCAUGUGGUACAUUGGGAACUUGCUCAAGUAACAAUAUUGGACUGUUGUGGUUUGUACUUUUGAUUUUAAUGGGGGGAGGGAGCUGAUUAGAUACGUCGGAUACACCAUCCCUAAUAUGUCAGUCAGUUUUUCUAUUUUAUUUAUAAUUUUUACAUUGAUGCUUUGCCACAAAGUAUGACGAAAGCCACAUAAAUAAGAUUUUGUAAAAAAAAAUUACAUUUAAAAGGGCAGACAACAAUAAAAAGUGUUUGUGUGUGUGUGUGCUGUAUGUACGUUUUAUACUCGCCUGUGCUGGAGGCCUGGGCAGACCUCACGCCGUGAUGUUUCCUUUAAGGGCGUCUUCUGUUCCGCGCUCGUGUUGUAACUACAUACCAAUGCCAUGAACGGCAACCUAAUUUAAUUACACAACAUUAAAUGAGCAUUUCUGUGCAGUCAAAAGGCACCGUGGCCUGUAAACGAAUGUACUUCUUUGAACAGAGUGGGCUGCUGAUUACUGGGCAUCUUUAAAGCAAACUAUUCUUGGAAAGAUUGUUGAAAAGCUCACCACAGCGUGUUAACCAAGGCUGGCAGAAGUAUCAUUCUUGUACCCAAGUGGGCUAUUUUUGAUUCUUUUAUUUUUGUCAAAGUUGCAAUUUCUUGUGAUAAUUGUUCCAAGUUUUUUGGAACUAAAUUUUUAAAUUUAAAAAAGCCAAUGUGUAUAAAUAAGAUAAAGAAAGAAAGAAAGUAUUUUGAUGUCGAUUACCCCUGAAAGUGAAACGCAUCUGCAGUGAGUUCUUGGGAGAGGUGCUGUUUUUAAUGUGGUGGGGCGGUUUAGAGGAAGCGUUGGUGCUGACGGUCGGCAAAGCUUUCUGUCUUGUGGUCUCUACGUACAGUAGCCAUGUUGUAGUGUUAAACUGGGUGGCGAGUUACUAACAAGGGGUCUCUGGCAGAACCACAGCCAUCGGCACUGAUAAGGCACUCUCCCAGUUUCCACCUCUGUCCGUAAGACCGAAUGGCUGGGACACAGCGCUAUAGUGAGCCCCUUACCACUUCCCAGGAGGGCUUCAGGUUGUCAUUACAAAAUAUACAUGAGAUGUUAUUUGCAAUUUUCAAUGAAUGGCUUUCUCAUUCUUAGUGUUAACUGACUCUGAGUGAACUUGUAUGCCUGGUCUAACACGCUGGCCGAGGAGUUCCUUUCAAGGCUUGUAUUUUAAGGGGGUUUACAGGUGGUGUUCUUUUCUUUAUUUAAUUUGGAAUUUUUAGUCAUUGCGUACAGAUGUAAUUGAUAUGUGCAUAGUGUCACUUUAUUAUCUAAAUUAGAAAUUAUUUAAAACGCUAAAUUGGCGGAAAGUUGCCGGUUAUAGAACACGUCGUUUUCCAAGGUUGGUUUCGGCCUUCCAUCCACUGUUCCUGAAACACAGUCCAGGGAGAACCUGCGGCGAAUGAACGGCUGACCAAGCAGAUCUUCUUAAAUACGCCUUAGAGCCCAAGAGUAGAACAGAAAGAAAUCACAGCAGCUCCUCUGAUGAGGAAACGAAGGGCACAGCUCCAGCUGGGCUACUCUACACAUUUGUCUGUUUGACAAGAAAGAGACGUUUCUAAUAGCAGGUUCAUAAAAACACAGGCGAGGUUACCGUUGUGGGCUCCCCAAGCAGACAGAUGUUUAUCAAUACUCCUUAAAUGUCAAAUGUCUCUGGAACAAAAAAAGCCGAUUGUGUUGGUAGUGGGAAGCUUUGGCACACGGCAAACAAACAACUACCCACUUUUCUUGUACUGUUUCUCUUAACACAGACGUACUUAAGCAUUGCGUGUUUUUACUCCUCGGAGUAUCAAUGACCUUUAAGCGGAUGCGCCUGUUUUCUUAAUCUGUUUUAGCAAAUGUGAACAGACUGCUGUGUGGCUCUUUCCUGAUAUGGUACACGUGCUGCUCUGCAAUAAAGUCUGCUCCUAAAAUACGUGUUGUUUUAUUAAAAGCCAGUUUACUAAUCAAGUGGCUGUACGGAAUUCAGGUAAAGUGUGUAUAUAUUGAAAAUAUCACGUUAAGCACUGAUGUAUUGUAUAAAAGAAAUCAAAUUUUUGUACUAAGCUGUUUUUUCUCUGUUACGCUUUGAAACUGUUAACUACUCUUUGGAAAACAAAACAAAUGAUGGCUGAAUUUGUCCGAGUUCAUUCAGCGUGUCAGUUCAGUAAAUUUUGCAUGAUAGUAAGGUGGCGUCCAAUUCCAACUGCACCCAAGUAUUGUCAGGAGAGCUGAAGAUUAAAUAUCGUAUUUAUAUUCCUUCUGAUUGAGUGUCUAAGAUGUCAAUACAUACUGUUGAUUUUUUCUAGCCUAUAUUUUCUUAAUAAUUACAAAGUUACAUAAAUCUC